UCGUCUGUCAGAGAUAGCUGACAGUUCCACUGGUUUCAGCUACGAAUCCCUCCUCAAACCCUACAUCAGAGACGGACUGACUGAAGUCUGGGUGCAGGACCCUUAUGUUCGGCAUGUCCAUCUACUACAGUGAUGCUCCUGAAUAUACAUUGUAUAACUUCCUUCGUUUCUGUGAAAUGCUGCUGAAAUGCCAGUGUAAAGUAAAGACGAUUCACCUUCUGACCUCACAGGAUGAGGACAGCUCUGCUCAGCAAACCACUGCCCUUGCAGAAAUAAAGCAGUCGCUGCAGAGUCAAAAUGUCUGUCUGGACGUCCAGUACUCAUCUACUAUUCAUGACAGGGAGAUCAGGUUUAAUAACGGGUGGAUUAUUAAGAUCAGCAGGGGACUUGAUUAUUUCAAAAAACCAAAGGAUACUGUGAUUAUGAUCUGAGAGAGUGUCAUGAGACUACUGUGGACAUUUUUCAUACAAAACACACUAAGAAGACAUAAUCUUGAUUUGAAUGCAAUCCGCACAAACUAACCCGGAUGACUGGAAAUGUGCCUUUUGAUCCCAUUUACAGCUUUUAAAUAACGCGAAAGGAGUGAUAUUUUAUUGCCUGUUUAAAAAAGUUCUGAUAUGAACUAUUAUUGUAGUAAUUCCAACGAUAGUAAUUGCUAUUACUUCUAUUCUGCUGGUUUGAAAAAAUGUAUGCACUAGUAUAUGAUGGGCUGAUUGAUACUGAUAUGUAUUUAUUAUAUGUUUGCUAUUAUAAGUGCAUUUGUAAAUAAGGUGGUAGUCUGUAAAAUGUUCUUCACUAGUUUGUGCCCUUAAUAAUAACGAUUUGCAAACAUAUCCUGUGCAGCUGCAGAGCCCUCCUGUGGUCACUGGGCGAACCUCCAGUCGUGGUGUAAAAGGGAAUGAUUUGCGUUAUAUUGCAGCAUCACGUGAAGAAUCGCUUGAUAGGACGGUGUGUUGCUCCACCGGCUCAGUUAAAGAGCAAGCGAAUGCCAGAGAUCACCUCACCUGCACUCUCUCUAUGAUUUACAGCAGUAUUUCCUCCAUCUCUCUGCAUGUUAGUGAUUGGGACAGAGCUGCCAUGGUUCAUAGGAUGUAAGGACAUAAUGUGUGUCUUUUAAAAGGAAGAACAGAAGCUAAAUCACACAGAAAAGAGGAAAGAAGGAUUUAUACUGAC